CGACUCUAUGCAGCUCUUAAUCCCUGCUCUCGUCCGGUUCGAACCACAUGUCCUGCCUACGUAUCGUCGAAUCACCCUACUUCUUCGCACCGCAUAGGUCCGACCCAGCAAACCAUAUCCACCAUCCACCUUCUCUAACAAUAUCAAUCACCUCCUGUUGGCUACUACAGCAUAUCCGACAACAUAUUGCCUUGUCUCAGGCCGAACUGAGUUGCCUCUAUCCUGGAUCCUGCGCCUUGAAAGCAAUACUCCUAUAUACGUCGAACGCCCCCCUUAGAAGGACAUGGCAGACACCCCAUACCAUCCACAUUUCCAAUCUUCUCUGCUUCGCAGUCCUUCUCCUCCUCUCUCUCCCUCCUCUCCCCCCUCUCCCCUUCCGCACGGCGGAAUUCUCCUAGGCGGUGAUCCUCACAAUACCCAUGGUACCCUUGAUACUCACGAUACUCUUGAUACACAUACACGCCGGCGUUCACUACCAUUCGUUUUCCCUCCUCUCUUCCCGAAGAAUACUUCAUCAACCUUCCUAAUACCCAGUACCGCCGAAGGGAGACCAAUCCCCCUAGACGACUCGACCGCUGCUCAUCGCACAACUGCCCUACGUCAGCUAAGCCGAUCCCAGCCGUCCUCGCGCCCUCGCUACACCGGGGCAAGUGGCCCACCAAGUGUUAAGAGCACAACUACCGAGACCUAUUCCCAACCCGUUGUAGUCCGCACAUACUCAGGCGUGCCUCCUUCGUCGUCCACCAGGGGCCCGGUAUCCGUCUCCACCGUUUCGUCCUCGCCGAAUCCCCCUCCUCAGCGCCCUAGUCGGGAUGGACCAGUGAAAAGUAUGGCGCGGCACAAAAGGAACGAAAAGAGUCGUGGUGUGGCUGGUGCCAAGCUACCCCCCCUCGAAUCUUUUACCUUCAAGAGCAUUAUAGCAGACAUACAGCAGGAUGUUGGCGCAGACCUAGACCGCAUAGCAGAGAUCUGUGCGCGCACGAGAUACUCUCUCAGCAACCAGUACGAAGUCCACAUAGCCCCUCAAGGUUCGGGGUCCGGUUUCUUGGGUCCGCCAACCCCAUCGUUCAGAAACCAUGUUUCUAUUGGGCCCACUUUACAGGCGGUGUCGAGCGAUGAUGAGCAUAUGGGCUCCAUGCAAACGAAGAAGCGGAGAAACGCGACCCGUCGAAGAAGUGUUGCCUACGGUACUCUGGAGACGAUCAUGAGCUCGAGUCGGUCUUCCGAUGAGGAUAAGAGCAACAAAAAACCAGCCGCUGAGAUUGUCGAGGAAGUGCGAGGCCGUGCAACUAUGGAUAACGACAUCAAGGACGAGAGCGCAAGCGCGAACAGUACGGAAGCUCAGGCUAGUAGCGAGCAACACGAUGACCAACGGGCAUGUCUUCCACCGAGGUCGGCUCUAUUCGCGGCUGCCAUUAUCGACACCUCUAAGAGUCAGAUGCAGGGGACUAGUGCUACACUAAAGGCUUCCGGAGCGGUCCUAUUAAGUGACCCCGCCGAGCCACGAACAUCACCAAAUCACCUCCAGACCAAGACGUCGCCUGAAGGAUCUACCGUGAAAUAUUAUACACGCGACACUCCGCCAGAACCCUCCAGGGCUGUUGCGUCGGAGUCCGUUGCCACCGCCGCGAUUACGGCACCCGAGGAGCCAAAGACUUUAUCAGGUCUAUUAGCCGGCUUUACAGCCUGGGUGUCUUGGAAAGGGAUGGCUUCUGAGCUGGGUCCGUUAGGUCCCUCGGGACCUAAGGCCUAUUCCUCCUACGCGGAAGGUACUCUGCGAGAAUUGCUCAAGUCAACCGAACCACUCGCAGACGCAAGGUACAAGGGCGUUGACCCAACAUGAUAAUCCCCCGUUAUAUUGUAAUCCGACAUAUUUUAUGCAUGGCUUCACGAUACUAACAAUGUGAAAAUAACACUUAUUAGAAGACAUGGUUUGAUUUUGGUUAAUGUUAGCAUCUUG